UGCGGAGGAGGAGACGGGGCAGGCCCCACCUCCUUUGUCCUCCCUGCCCUCCCAUUGGCCAGAGCGGGGGACAGGAGGUGGAAAACAGCCCGGGGGCGGAGACCGGCCCGGGGGCGGAGGGUGGCCCCGGGGUCCGGCGGUGCGGCUCGCGAAGAGGGAAGGCAGCCCGCACGCUCUACGGCAGGUUCGCGGGGUGGCGGUCAAGUUCAAGCUGCCAGCCCCGGGCCCGCCGGUGCCAUGGAUGGCCUGCGCCAGCGCUUCGAGCGCUUUCUGGAACAGAGGAAUUUGGCCACCGAAGCGCUAGGGGCGCUCGAAGCCAAGACCGGUGUCGACAAGCGGUACUUGGCCGCGGGAGCCGCCACUCUGCUAAGCCUGUAUCUUCUGUUCGGGCACGGGGCGUCUCUGCUGUGCAAUCUCAUCGGCUUUGCAUACCCCGCAUAUGCUUCGAUCAAAGCUAUCGAGAGCCCAAGCAAAGACGACGACACUGUGUGGCUCACCUACUGGGUGGUGUACGGCCUGUUUGGGCUGGCCGAGUUCUUCAGCGAUCUACUCCUGUCCUGGUUCCCUUUCUACUACGUGGGCAAGUGCGCCUUCCUGUUGUUCUGCAUGGUUCCCGGCCCCUGGAACGGGGCUCACAUGCUGUAUCAUCGCGUCAUACGUCCGCUGUUCAUGAAGCAUCACGAGGCCGUGGACAGCAUCAUAAGCGACCUCAGCGGGCGGGCCCUGGACGUGGCAGCCGGAAUAACAAGGGACACCAGAGCAAGCGUGACUCAGCUCCAGAAGAACAGGUGAAGUCCCUGCCCAGGCCCUGUGCAGAAAAGCCGGCCGGCCAGCUGGAGGACGCGUUACACUCCAAGUCCUCCGUGGAUUCCCCAGCCGGCUCCCCAGUGGAGCCCACCACCAGCCCCUCGUCCCCAAGCAAGCCAGCCCUCAGGAGCUCCACCAACUUGGGCCACUCUCAGCCUCAAUCCCCCGCCACUGGCUCUGGCAAUGGCACCCAGCUGCCCGGCAAGCUCCGGGGUGGGCUUCGGUCUCGAGCCAACUCCUCCACCCAGCCCCGGGCCCCAGGGCAGCCCCAGGCUCCCGGGCAGUCCCAGUCCCCCCGACAGCCCCAGGUCCACGGCCAGCAGCGCGCCCGGCCCUCCAUCACUUCCUCAGGCCCUUCCCAGACGGCCCGCCAGUCCUCAGGCUCCGCGCAGCGUCGCAGCACCUCCUCCAGCCAGGGACCCCCCCUUGUGCGGUCUCCCAGUGGCACCACCAUGCCCCCUCAGCCGCCCAACAAGACCCCCGAUGGACCAGGGGCCUCAGCCCCCAAGUCCAGCAGACGGCAUCAGAAACAGCCCACAACAAAAGCCACCAGCAGCACCUCGGUGCCCAAGCUGCCCGCCUCCUGCCAAUCCAUGUCCUCCUUGGAGCACACCUUGGAGUCCACCACUGAGGCCACCUGCAGCUGGCCCCACCACAGACACGGGUUCCGCUACCUGCAGCACUGCUGGCGGCUGAAACACCUGGCCUGCUAGGGAGGGCUCAGUAAAGCUCAUCUGGACCAGCCU